AUGCCUACCUCUCUGUACGACCUCAUCAUCCCUACCUUUAUCAAGGGUCUACAAACCUUUGACCACGUCCUCACAAAAGCGGAGCAAUACGCGAAAGAAAAAGGCCUCAACGCCGAUGAAGUCUUCCCCCAAGCCAGGCUCAUAGACGAUCAAAAGCCCCUCGUCUUCCAAGUGCAAACUGCCACCAGGGCUGUUCAGACAACCAUUGGCCGCUUGACAGGCGUUGAGCCCACAUUUUUUGAGGACAAUGAGAAGACCAUUGCCGACCUGCAUGCUCGAAUUCAAAAGGCUCUUGAGGCUGUGAAGGCCGUGAAGCCUGAGGAUGUUAACUCACGCGAGGAUGUCAAGGUGGAGCUCCCCCGGCCUGAUAAGAUCCUCUAUCUCACCGUCAAGGAGGCUACACUCUACCAUGGACAAACAAACUUCUUCUUCCACAUCGUCACUGGAUACUCCAUCUUACGUUCAAAGGGCGUUCCUAUUGGAAAGGCCGACUAUCUUGGAAACUUUCUUGCUCAAGCGAAUUCAACACUGGAAAAGGCAAUCGCUGCCGUUGGGGAGGAGGGGCUUGCAAAACUGUCGAAAGUAACUUACGAGUGCCAAAGUCUUAUGCAAAGCUACAAUCUCAUGCGCGCAGAUGUUUCAGCAGCAACAUCCGGAAAGCAGAACAUAUCUUAUGAACUAGACCCUCCGUUGCUUCGUCAGCGAAUCGACCGCCGUAUACAGCCUUCACAAGCUGCAUUGGCUGCUAAUUACGCUACCGAGGCUGUCAUGAAGUCUCCUGGCCUUGUUGAGCGGAUUCGAAAGUCAAAAAGUUCUGAAGAACGCGAGGUUGCUAUAAACGGCAUCAAGUUUCCCGCGGCAAUCUUGAUAAGCUCCCUCGUCGUUGUCGAUCCAGACACAUACCUACCAUAUAUCGUCCGCUCAGAAGAACAACAUCCGAUUUACGGAAACGCUACCAAGGACGUAUACCUCUCAAACUACAAAGAAGUAGAGGGGGUCAAAUUCCCCCACACUAUUCAGACGAUCUACAAUUCAUCUAGCCAACGACUCAACGUGGUCCUCGAAGACUUUGUCAUCGACAAAAUCAUCGCUACAGCAAUAUUUCCCGGAGAUUUCUUCGAUCUUGUUCCUCACGGUCAGAAAGUAAAUACAUCGGAAAUGCCUCCUGGUGUACCCAGUGGCCUUGUCACAGAUUACAGCACGAGUUUACUCGGAUCCCCAGUCAAGAAUGUCAGCGUCGAUGCUUUGAAAUCAGCUAGUCCUGUCGUUCUUUUGCAGUUGUACUGGCUCAUCCUCGAUGAUAGCCAUGAUCUGGGAUUCAAGCAGCUUAUCAUUGAGUUUGAGACUGAAGUUAUUGUGUGCGAUGCACCGCCCUUCUGGAGCGAGGCUGUCAUGGAGUGGAUUAAGAAGUACAUAGGCAAGAAGGUCACCUACGUCGCGCCUUCACAUCACCACCGAGAUCAUAGUGGUGGCGUAGUCGAUUACGUCCGUGCUGGCGCCAAGUUGAUCAUCCCUGAGAUGGCAGUAGAUUACUGGUCUAGCAUUCCAGGAGCCCAGUUCAUCACUUUCAAUCAAACACACCCUUACGUACAUCGAGACAACAAGGUCCAAGCAUGGUUCAACUGGGCUGAUCAAGCGCCUCACGCCGCUGACUGGACUUAUGUAAUGGUUACAGAGCGAUGUCCUGACAAAGACUCAUCGAUUUUUGUCUACGAGGCUGAUACGUGGGAGGCUGGGCUCAGUGUUGAUCUGGGUAAUCAGCAGCAGAUGAGGCAGUGGUUGGAUCAACUUUUGGAAGAUGGCCUUCCAAGAUCUACGACUGUGAUGCCCACGCAUGGAUGGAUUACUCCGUUGGAACAACUAAUCAACAUCACGGCUUAUCCAUACCCUGAUUUUGACAUUGGUCGUUGGAGGGAGGGUGCAGCGAUUUGUGAUGAAUCUUCCGCAAAGAAGCAUAAGGAUGAUAAGUGA